CCGUUCGACAACUCGACAAACAUCUGGAGCGCAGCCUUUAUGCCAAACCCAUCGGGAAGUGAAGGGAACGGAUAUGUGGCCACUUGUGGUGCAAAUAUGGUUUGCAUUAUUGACUGCAAGAAGUCAAUAGAGAGCGACGUCUCGCCAGUGAUGGCCCGAUAUAUAGACGCCAAUGAAGACGAAGAGUUUGCAUCUCUGGCGUGGACUGUAAUGCCUGUGACCGACACCGCAGACACUGAGGCACUGGUUCUGGCGGUGGGCGGCAAGUCAUCCAUUCUUCUCAUGUCAAGUCUCGAUGAGUUUCAUUGCUAUCAAAGGAUUGCCGCGCAUUCAGAUCAAAUCAAUGCAUUGCUUUUCAUCACAAAUGAUCUCCUCUUCAGCGCCUCUUAUGACGAAACGAUUAAAUUGUGGAAAAUCUCGCGACCAAAAGAGGAGACGAGUAUUGAGUUGUUGACAGUAAUCCACAUGAAAGACAAUUUGUUGAGUCUAAGCUAUUCUCACAAAUAUGAUAUAUUGUUCGCUUCGGGACACAAAGGCCUUUACUUAUGGCCAAAACCCAUACAUUUGGCGCAUUUGCGUGAUUCGCAGCAAAAUUCAUUUUCAGCUCAAAUCAAAACCAAAUCCUUAAUCGACGGACUGAUUGUGAUUCCCGGAGACGAAGACUCGAUUGCUGUUCGGGUCUACGCCUCCAAAAUGAUCACAAUUGUUGAUCUCAAGAAAGUAACCGAAGAAAUGAGUAAAACAAAUACUAAAUGCGAACCAAAAUCAAUAGCUUUAUUGAAAGUAACGAAAACGAGACUUAAAUCAUUUGAUGGCUUUUUUCCGUUCAUAUACUUGUCGGCAGAGAAUAACCUAUUAGUGAGCGGAGGACCCGACGGGCAGAUAAGGCUCUAUUUGACCGAUGAUUUGAGUGCCAAAAGCACUGCAAUGACUGAAGCGGACAGAAUUCUAGAGUGGCCUCUCAUUGAGAACAUCACUAAAAACAACCAAACAAUUAUUGAUGACAAAAAACCCGUUAUUGUCAAUACGGUUGCCAUCAGUCCUGAUCUCCAAUACCUCAUAGCCUGCACUCAAAUGAAUUUGCUGUGCAUUUGGCAUAAAGCGUGA